CCCCCUCCCCCCCAGGUGUACUUCGACCUGAGUAUCGGCGAGGAGGCGGUGGGCCGCGUGGUCAUCGGCCUCUUCGGCAAGACCGUGCCCAAGACCGUGGAGAACUUCGUCGCCUUGGCCACAGGCGAGAAAGGGUUUGGGUUCAAAGGCAGCAAGUUCCACCGUGUGAUCAAGGACUUCAUGAUCCAGGGAGGAGACUUCACCCGGGGAGAUGGCACUGGAGGGAAGAGUAUCUAUGGUGAUCGUUUCCCUGAUGAGAACUUCAAGCUGAAGCACUAUGGACCAGGCUGGGUCAGCAUGGCCAAUGCUGGCAAGGACACCAACGGCUCCCAGUUUUUCAUUACCACUGUCAAGACCCCCUGGCUGGAUGGCAAGCACGUGGUGUUUGGCAAAGUCCUGGAAGGCAUGGAUGUGGUGAGGAAAGUGGAGAACACCAAAACCGAUGGCCGAGACAAGCCCCUGAAGGAUGUCACUAUCGCUGACUGCGGCACCAUUGAAGUGGAGAAGCCCUUUGCCAUUGCCAAAGAGUAAUGUGUCCUGGCUCAGGGAUGAGGCGGGGCCUAGUGCUGUCAGGGCCCUGCUGCAGAGGGCUGUGGGCCUGGGCUGAGGGACUGUCAUGCUUACUGGCGUCCCUCAUAUUUAGUUGCCCUCUUCCUUGUGUCACCUGGGCAGGUGAGCAGCAGCUAUGCUGCUGAGCCCUCCCAGCCCCACCCUGCUGCCCGAGACCUCUCUGCUUUAUACCCCCACCACAUCCUGUCCAGCCAGCAAGCGGGGAGAGGGGGGCGGUGGACGGUCUGGCUUGGGCGUCCCAUCAUUUUUUGUAAGAAGCACAUGCACCAAUAAACGUGACCAAUGUGUUUUUAUA